UGCUUUUACUAUCCCUUCUUCUUUCCCACCCUAAAAUUUAAACCCCAAAAUCCUUUCCUUUCAAUUCAUCUCUUCCAAAAUGUCUCCCCGUUCCUCCCCUUACGCCGCCUGCUUCCGCCCUCCGACCAGCACCCCUCCCCCCCCUCACCCCGCCUCCUCCCAUGUCCAGCCAAUCCAACCUCACCACCGCCCUCUACCAAACCCCCACCGCCGCCUUCUCCCUCACCUGGUCCCGCACCCUCUUCUCCCGCACCCUCCAUCUCACCUCCGACCGCAGCCACUCCUGCUGCCUCCACCUCAACUCCUUCGCCUUCUGGAAAAAAUCUGGCUCCAAGCAUCUCCCCGGCUCCCCUUCUCUCCGCCUCUUCUGGGAUUUCUCCCGGGCCCGAUUCGGGUCCGCUCCGGAGCCCCGAUCCGGAUUCUACAUCGCCCUCCUCGUUGACAACCAAAUGACCCUCCUCGUCGGUGAUUUGGUCAAGGAAGCUUACGCCAAAACCAAAGCUCUGAAACCCAAAAACCCUCAAUCUCUUGUUCUGAAAAGAGAACAAGUAGUUGCUCACAAAAUCUACUCGACGAAAGCCAAAAUCGGCGGUAGAAUCCGGGACAUCCAGAUCGAUUGCGGCUACAACGACGAUACCCGGCUCUGUUUUGCCUUCGACGAUGUUAAGGUUCUGGAAAUCAAGCACUUGAAAUGGAAGUUCCGUGGAAACGAGAAGGUCGAUGUGGAGGGAAUUCCGGUCCAGAUCUCUUGGGAUGUAUACAAUUGGGUGUUCGGCGACGAGAAGGAUCACGGCCACGCCAUUUUCAUGUUCAGAUUCGACGAAGACGAUGAAGAAUUAAGAACAGAGACGCCAUCGUUUCAGAGGAAUGGGAUGGAGCAUUGGUCCAUCAACAAUCACUCCAGAAGAAUGAGAAUGAGUUCCUCUUCCUCCUCACUUUCCAUGUCGUCGGUGGGUUCCUCCGCCGGUAGCUCCUCCGUUCUCGACUGGACAACCGUCGAGGAAUCCGAGCUCGGCGGCGGCCCAUCUACCUUCUCCCUUCUCGUUUACGCUUGGAAAAAGUAGGCCACAACUUCACCAGAACUUCAAAAUCGGUAAAAUCCCAAUUCAUUUUUCUUUUUACAAAAACACUAACACCAUUAAAAAUUACAACAACCCAUUAUCAGAAUCAUUCUAAAUUUGUAUGAAUAUUCAAAUUCAGCCUUUCAAUUUCACUACACUGAUCUAACAUAGAAGCAAAUUGGUCAUUUUUUUUCCAUGGGAUUCGAUUGAUUGUACUGUACAAAUAUUCAGAAAUUCUUGCUUUUUUUUUUUUCUUUUCUUUUCUUUUCUGUAUCUGUUUCGUCUGUAAUUUUCCUUUUUCCCAGUUGAAAUUAUCAGAUAUUUUUUUUGAGAAAUUUUGACUUUGUAAUUGUAUUGUAACGUACGGGAUAUUUCAUUAGAAACCAGCAAUGAAAUUACGAUAAACAAUGAUUUGUUGUUAUUAUGAUGA